AUGAACGCGCUCUGGUCCCGGGCCAGCCAGGCCCACCGCUGCGGCUGCAGAGCCUGCAAGACGGUAGCUCAGGGUGCCAGCCGGCGCGUGACGACGGCACCGGCCUCCCGACGCAAGGUCACCUUCGCCGACGUCUUCACAGCGUGCUACAGCUCCAUGUUUGCCUCGGCAGCCGUCAUCGACGCCAUCCGCAAAGAGGACAGGCGGGGCGAGCUGGACCGCCAGCUGGACGAGGUCCGGCGAGAGCUGGCCGACCUCAGGGGGCAGGGACAGGCCCAGGCCCAGCAUGCCGAGGAGACGCCGGUCGAGUCGAGCGUGGCGAACCUCACGGACAGCCAGAUGGCCGAGCUAUGGCGGAGCCUGGCGGCGAUAUACCACGGUCGACCGCACUUCAAGGAGAUUCACAAGCCGGCGCUCCUGCGCGAGUCGCGGCUGCGAGAGCGCCUGCAGGAGGAGCUGUACCGGUGCGGCGGACCGCUCUCCGGCUCCGGCUCCAGCGAGAAUGACGCCUCGACCAUCGAGCGGUUAGAACGGGCCCUAGAGCUCGAGGAGGACGGCGACGACUACCGGGCCAUACGACGACGAGACCCGAAGGAACGCAUACACCUACGACGCUCCGGCGACGGCAUCUCCCGCCUGGUCGAGGGCUUGAUGACCAAGGCGGCUUCGCGGCCGCGAGGCGCGCAGCCCAGCCCGUCGUUUGACGAGGCCGCCAGGCUGCUGGAGGAAGGGUACCCGCGGUACACGUUUCGGAGCAUCGACCCGGACACGGCACACAGCAACACGCAGAUGCUCAACCGGGCCAACAAGUCGGCCAUCCACGACGGCUCGCUCGGGCUGAGGGAGAUGAUUGGGCGCGUGUGCUACAACCUGCUCAUCUCGGCGUACCCGCCCGACAUGCAGUCGCUCAACACGCUCAUCGUGGCCUUUGACAGGCACAGGGACUACCGGCCGUACUCGGAGUCGGUCAUCGCGACCUUCUUCUGGAGGAGCCGGCUGAUGCCUACGCCUGCCACGUACCCGGCCAUCCUGCACCACCACCGCGUCACCGGCAACCACGGCAUGUUCCUCCGCACGCUGGCCUGCGUGGCCGGCCAGGACAGCAAGACGGGCGCCAAGGUCGGGCGCCGGUCCGUCGGCGACAUCGUCCAGGACCCGGGGCUGCUGCAGCGCUGGGCGACCGACCCCAACCGCCGCUCCUUGGCAGGCGACUACGUCUGGGAGCACGCGCCCAUCAACGGCCUCAUGGUCGAGGAGGUGCUGCGCGGCCUCGUCCGGUUCCACAUGUACGACCACGCCAUGGCCCUGCUCGGCUGCUGCGUCAGCUCGGGCGUCCGACUCGGGUCCGGGCUCGUCAGCCACGUGCUGGACGGGUGCCUCGCGGCGCUGGACUGGAGGGGCGCCGUGACCCUCAUCCGCGAGCUCUGCCGCCGCGCCGACGCGUGGUCGUCCCUGCUGGACUCGCGCGACUCCCGGUCGGCCGCGUACCUGGUCGGCAGGGUCUACUGUCUCCUCGACAUGGUGGGGCUCGGCGCCUCGGCUCGGUCGGUGUCGGACCACCGCCUCGCCUCGCUGGGCAUAUCGUGCGCGCAGCUGGCGGCGUUGACGGGCCAGGUGCACAAGACGGCCGAGGCCCUACCGGCCUCGCUCGCCGUGUCGCCACCGGCGCUAGCACGGGCAGGCCUGGAGGGGGCCGACUCCGAGAGCAGGCUCCUCCAGAUCGAGAGCCUGGACAAGGAGCUGACCCGCGUACGCAAGACGACCAAGUCGAUCGAGAGCCGGAUGAUCAAGCCGGAUCUGGCCCUGCGAUACCGCGUAUCCAUCGCUACGCACGCCAGCACCGCGGCCUUGGAGGCUUCGGAGAGGUUGCAGGCCGAGUUUGACGAUGUCCUCCUCCAUCUUGAUGGGUCAGGCCAGCAACGGAAACGCGAGCAGCAGGAUGAAGACAAGAGAGAACCGUCUACACUGGUGAUAGCUCAGCAGCAGCAGCAGCGGCAGCAGCAGCAGCAGGGGGAGGAGGGGGAGGAGGGGCAGCAGGUGCAGAACUCUCCCUUGUUGUGGAUUGACCUAAACUGGCAAUGGUGGCCGUGA